ACUUUAAACUUAGAGCUUAAUGCUCCUUAUUCAAGUUAGAAUUUAUUAGGGAAAAUUUAGUUGAAUAAGCUAGUAAUUUUUAAGUAAUACUAUUGGUUAUAGUUCCGUCCGUCAAAUACGGAAAAGAUGCAGUCGCCAUUUUACAUCGUCGAUUUUUACGUGUGUGUUCGGUGCAGUUACUUUACGAAUUCAAUUCUUAUUACGUGGGCAUAAAACGUUUAGUGGCAGAAUUUGAAGAUGAAAAAAUUCUUAUACAGCAUCAAAAAGCAAAACAUUUCAAAUGUCAUAUCUGUCAUAAGAAACUUUACACGGGACCAGGACUUAGUAUACAUUGUAUGCAGGUACAUAAAGAAGCAAUAGAUAAAGUACCUAAUUCUUUGCCAAAUCGAAGCAAUAUUGAAAUAGAAAUUUAUGGUAUGGAAGGCAUACCACCAAAUGAUGCAAAGGAGCAUGAAAGACAAAGAAAUGGAGGUAGACCUGGCUCACCAAGUUCUGGUGAAGAUGAACCAGUUCGAAAGAAAGCAAAACCAGAAGGUUUAUUAGGUUCUGCACCAGGAGCAAUGCCUACAGGUUCCAACAUGAUGCCAGGUGUAAUGCCAGGUAUGGCAGCUCAUCCUGGUAUGCCACCAAUGGGAUCGUUCCCACCACCCAUGCAUCAUAUGAUGGGACCUAUGGGUCCUGUAGGUCCACCUUUCAUGGGUCCUGGUAUGAUGCCUGGAAUGCCAGGUAUGCCUCCAGGUAUACAACAACCAGUAUCAGGUGCAUCCAUACCACCAGCACGACCAUUAUUUCCAAGUGCUGCAGCUGUUUCAACAGCUACGUCUACAGCUGUGACUUCUCCUUUGGGUACAGAUUUUAAACCAAUUACAUCAGUGGCUGGUGGAUCUAUAGGACCUGUUAAACCAACAUUCCCUGCAUAUAGUAAUGCAGAUAGUAAUACCACCACUAAUAAUAAUAUUGGAAGCGAUCAGAAAGUAAAUCUUAUAGCCACUACUAGUGCUGCUAUUAAAAUUAUUCAUCCUCCAGAAGAUCUUAGCCUGGAGGAAAUUAGAGCACGACUUCCAAAAUAUCAGCGGCGACAGACUCAAGAAACUCGAACUGUACAAACCGCUGAUGCUAGUCAGCAAGCUGCUGUAUUGCAGCAGCAGCAGCAACAACAACAACAGCAACAGCAGCAACAACAAGCUGCUGCUGCUAAUGCAGCUGCUGCAUUUCAGGAUCAACAACAACGUCAACAAGCGGCAUUAAAUGCACUUCAACAACAACAACAACAAAGAUUUCAGCGACCUCCACAAGCAGUAAUGGUUCCUGCAUCUGCAGCAAUGCCUGUUAGUUCUGUUGCAUUGAUGGCUCCGCUUAUGCGGCCAACUAUGACCCUAGCCGCACCUGCUCUGAUUCAUGGAGGUAACAUGAUGCGACCGCCCCCCAUGGGCCUGCCACCAGGGAUGAUAGGAGCUUUGCCACCAGGAGCAAUGCAUCCGGCAUUCGCAGCUCCAAUGGGUUUCCCUGGUGCACCAAUGUUGGCUCCAAUGAUGCAUCCACGCUUCAGAUGAUCACCUCCUAUGGACGGGCCCACCCCGCCACUGCACUUCGUGCUCUGGGCCCGCCCCUAAAUUUUUUUAGGGUUCGGACCUGACUGAGAAGAGGAGAAAAGCACGCGUAAAUCUCACGUUAGCUCGCGUGGGCACACUUCGUUGAUCGGCCGCGGCUGCACUUGACGCAUCCUCUCCUACGAAGUUUACACGAAGUUAGCAAAAUCUUUGUUUUUUCUUUCUAAUAUCAUUGCAAAACACAUCACGUCAGUGCCUGAGAGGGUUUACCAGGUGCAGUGGAAACGGUCGGUCGUUCCUCUUCCAGAUUCUUUCUGCCAGUAAAAAGAUAUCGAGUAUUUAAUCAAUCAUUUUAACUUUUUUGCACGUGGUGAGUGAUCGUGCGCGCGGUAUCAGUGUAACGUCGUAACUUCUUCCCGAUGGAGUUUGAAAAUCCCAGGUGAGC